CCGCCUCUAUCCUUGGAGCCGUUGCUCACUUACGACGACAAGGUCGCCGGUCUGAAUCUCAUUGCCGAUUCGAUAGCGCAGAUGAAACAGCGGGCCGCUCACUCCAUGGUCUUCCACCCCCUGUGCAUCACCCUCCUGUUCCUUACAUGGGCGGCCAUCUAUCGCUGGGCCUACGAGCCAGCGACCGCCGACCCCAGCAUGGCCCUCCUGCUCUCCUGCGGUGUAACCAUGACGUAUCUCACGGCAAUACGCUACUUCACAGACGGCUAUGUGAGCCUCGCUGAGAAUCUGCGAUGGUCAUGGCUCGAGGGGCCCGGCAGUGUCGAGGGAGACUUCAUCAUCGGUGCACGAUACGGCGGAGCCCUGAUUGGUGUCUUGGUGCUCAGGCUGGAGCCUCGAUUCUCCUUCCGGGGCGGCAAGGGCGUCAUCCGGGCGUGGACAACGCGCCUCCGGUACCGUGGUAAAGGCAUCGGCCGGGAUCUUCUCGACGGCGCCAUCCGCAUUGUCAAGGACCGCUGCGGCAAGGACGCUGAGGUCGGGUUCGCGCAGGAGCAUGCCAACAGCACCAUGAUACUGCCAGCCAUGUUCAACGGGGUAUUUCGUCGGGACGAGGUGAGAGCGGCCAAGGUAUUGGAGAAGGCACUCGAGGAAUGGGAGGCGAGCAAGAGGAAGAAGAGGUAA